AUGUCUGGUUUAGUAGUGUACAUACAACUCUGGUACAUUGAACAAAAGGGACCAGUUUUCAUAACAGUGUUCAAUCCAGUCUCAACCGUACUAGUUGCAGUUGUAGCAUAUUUCGUCCUUGGUGAAAAGAUCUACACAGGAAGUAUCAUUGGAGCAGUAAUUGUCAUUACUGGAUUGUACUUGCUUUUGUGGGGAAAAGAAGAUCCACAACCAGAAUCGGAAGAGCAAGGCAUAGUGAUGUCUGGUUUAGUAGUGUACAUACAACUCUGGUACAUUGAACAAAAGGGACCAGUUUUCAUAACAGUGUUCAAUCCAGUCUCAACCGUACUAGUUGCAGUUGUAGCAUAUUUCGUCCUUGGUGAAAAGAUCUACACAGGAAGUAUCAUUGGAGCAGUAAUUGUCAUUACUGGAUUGUACUUGCUUUUGUGGGGAAAAGAAGAUCCACAACCAGAAUCGGAAGAGCAAGAGCAAUACCAAGAAGCUCUACUAGCUUUUCAAAAACUUAUUACAAGUCAGAGUCAUUUUUUGGCCAAUGAUUGGACCAAAAAUACUUCUUUUUGCUCUUGGUUUGGUGUCACUUGCACUCCAAAAACACAAAGGGUUGUGGCCUUGGCUCUUCCUGAUUUGCAACUUCAAGGCACAAUAUCCCCGUCUUUGGCCAAUUUGUCCUUUCUCAGAGAUCUCAAUCUCGAGAAUAACUUAUUCCAUGGUGGCGUACCGUACAGACUUGGACACUUGCCUCGCUUGCGAGUGAUUAAUGUUCGAAACAAUCAGCUAGAAGGAAGUAUUCCGACAAGUCUAUUUCAACACCAGAGAGUUCAAAUCAUUUCAUUGGCUUACAAUAAACUCAGUGGUGAAAUGUGGAAAGGGCCAUGGUAUGUACCCGAACUCAGAAUCCUAAAUCUCAGGAAUAAUAGCCUCACAGGUAUAAUCCCUUCUUCUGUUGGAAAUGCCACAAAGUUGCUGAACUUCAGUUUGUCUGGGAACAGAAUCAAUGGUGUCAUUCCAACUGAGAUUGGUAAUCUCAGCCAACUUAUAGAGUUGCAUUUGUUCAAUAAUCAAUUAGCAGGUUCCAUUCCAGCAACACUGUUUAAUAUCUCGUCGCUAAUUAGAGCAUCUCUGGCAAGCAAUAGCCUUUCUGGUCCUCUCUUACUUGAUGAAGGGAAUAUUGUGUCAAAUCUGAAGUAUCUAAGUAUAUCUAAGAACCAAAUUUUUGGUUGCAUUCCUUCUAACAUAUGCCAGCUCACAGAGCUCAAAAUUUUGUCCAUAUCAUAUAACAAUAUGAUUGGAGACAUACCCAGAAAUAUUGGUUGUUUAUCCAAACUCGAGGAGUUUUAUGUUGGUAAUAAUCCAAUAACAGGGACUAUUCCCACUUCAUUGGGCAAUAUUUCCACUCUGCGAAAUCUUUACUGUGGAAACAGUCGUAUAGUGGGGCAAAUUCCAAAGGCUAUUUUUAACCUAUCUUCUUUGGAAAUGAUUGAUUGCAGUUUCAGUAACCUCUCGGGUAGAAUUCCAGCCACAUCAGGUCUUCAUGUUCAGAACCUUAAAGAACUUUUCUUGGGACACAAUCAGCUCGAAGGGGGAAUUCCAUUGUUCAUAACAAAUGCUUCUAAGCUUGAGAUAUUGGGGCUAGAAAAUAACUUUCUCACAGGCACUAUUCCUACUAAUUUGGGGAAUCUUCAUGAGCUGCAAGAACUGUUCCUACAUCAUAAUCAACUUACCAAUGAACCAAGAGAGCAUGAGUUGCAGUUCUUCAAUUCUUUGGCGGACUGUAGGAUGUUGCGAUAUCUACAAGUGGGUUCCAAUCCGUUGAAUGGCAUUCUGCCCAAUUCUAUUGGGAAUCUUUCAUCUACUGUUGAAUACUUUCAUAUAUUAGAUGCACACAUUAAUGGCCCCAUCCCCAGGGGUAUACGCAACAUGAGCGGUCUAAUAACCCUAAGCCUUGGAGAAAACAACUUGGCGGGACGUAUUCCUUCUGAUGUUGUUAAGCUUGAACAACUCCAAGGGUUGUAUCUAAAUAACAAUAAAUUGCAGGGACAUAUUCCAGAGGCGAAUGUUUAG